CGUGCGAUGUUUGUUUGUAUGUUUAAGUAUCAAGGUCAAAUGAGAUUGUAGUUUCUAUGCUAAUUUAAGUGAGAAAUCAGUCUCCCACUGAAUCAUUUUAAACAUGGAUAAAGUGCUGACGCUUGACACUAUCAAUCCUCAUAUGAUUAAAAUAGAAUACGCAGUUCGUGGUCCGAUUGUUGAACGUGCUCUACAAAUAGAAAAAGAACUUAAGCAGGGUGAUAAAAAAUCGUUCAGUGAAGUUGUCAAGUGUAACAUUGGUGAUUGUCAUGCAACUGGUCAAAAGCCAAUCACGUUUCUUCGUCAAGUCACUGCCCUGGUAACUUUUCCGCAUCUACUUGAAGACGAAAGCUUCCCGGAAGAUGCUAAAUCAAGAGCUAAGAACAUACUAGCAGCAUGCUCUGGUUCUAGUGUCGGUUCUUACAGUCACUCUCUGGGGCUGGAAUUAGUGCGCAAAGAUGUGGCGAAAUAUAUACACCAACGUGAUGGGAUUGAGUCGAAGUGGGAGAAUAUUUUCUUAGCUUGUGGGGCUACGGAGGCUGUGAAGAUGUUACUGGAAAUGAUAUCCACCCCUGGUCAAGACAGUAAACGUGCAGGUGUUAUGAUUCCCGUACCACAAUAUCCUCUAUAUUCAGCUACGAAUUCCGAAUACAAUAACUUCCAGAUCAACUACUACCUAGAUGAAAAUGAUAACUGGUCUUUAUCUGCCGAUGAAUUGAAACGAGCACUGACGAGUGUAAAAGGACAAUGCAUACCAAGAGCCAUAGUUAUUAUUAAUCCAGGAAAUCCGACAGGUCAAGUACUCCCACAAAAAUGUAUGGAGGAUAUUAUUAAAUUUGCAGUUGAUAACCGACUGAUUUUGAUAGCUGACGAAGUUUACCAGCAUAAUUUUUACCAGCCGGACAAAUAUCCAUGGGUUAGUUUUAAAAAAGUUUUGUUCAAUAUGGGACCAAGUUACUCAGAAAAAUUGGAAUUGGCUUCGCUCAUGUCUUGUAGCAAAGGUUACAUGGGAGAAUGCGGAUAUCGUGGUGGAUAUUGUGAAUUGUUAAAUUUUGAUCCAGCUGUUCAAGCCCAGCUUUAUAAAGCUCUUUCAGCACGAUUAUGUCCACCUUUGAUGGGACAGGUAGUAUUAGAAACGAUCGUAAAUCCACCUAGACCAAGUGAACCAUCAUAUUCAUUAUUUAUCAAAGAACGAGAUGAUGUAUUAAGUGCAUUGAAAGAAAAAGCUUCCAUAACCUAUAAUGCAUUGAACUCAAUGUCAAAUAUGUCGUGUAAUCCUGUUCAAGGAGCAAUGUAUGCCUUUCCGCGCAUACAUUUACCACCAAAAGCUAUUCAGGAAGCUAACAGAAGAGGGGAAGCACCAGAUUUCUUCUACUGUUUGCAAUUGUUAGAAGAAAAGGAAGGAACAUUUCAUUUCAGAACUACAAUCCUACCAUCUAUUGAAAAGAUGAAAUAUGUUUAUGAAACAAAUUGA